AUGAAAGUUAAAAAGCUUGAGGGAGCCGCCGCGAUUCGCCAGACACUUCAAGGAAAGAAGCACAAAGCCAUCCAUGUGCUGAAACUUCGAUCAAUUCCGUAUGGCUUCUUUGAGAAAGAGCUUUUCAAGUACUUUAAGCAGUUCGGUAAUGUUUUACGUGUCCGAGUGGCACGCAGCAAGAAGACGGGUAAUCACAAAGGAUGGGCUUAUGUGGCUUUCGAUGAUUCGGAUGUUGCACAAAUUGCUGCCGAAUCGAUGAACGGCUAUUUGAUGUUUGACAAACGGGUUAAAGCACAUGUGAUGAAGCCAGAAGAGAUCCCUGAGCACAUGAAGAAAGGACCUCGUCUCAAAGAGCCACCACAUCGUUUCGGAAGCGCUAUCAAAGAGACCAAGUUACAAUGGAAAGAGCGAACGGAUGAUCGAGAGGCAAAACUGAAGAAACAGCGUGGAAAGAAUCUAACGAAACGUUUGAACAAGCUAAAAGCCAUGGGAAUCGACUAUGAUUUGGCUACGAACUCAAAUGAACAAACUCAAGACUUACCUCAAGUCGUUGAACAGGAAACCUCAGCUGAUUCAGAGGUUGCUAGCAAGAAAAAGCGAUCUUUGGACAAACAGGCUCAAAAAUCUCUCGACGAAACGAUUCUUGUUGAAGACGAUGAAAAAAGAAUUUCUGAUGCUGUUGCUCAAGUGGAGGAUGUUGCAAAUGCUGAUAAGCUCACCAGUAUCAAAAAAUCACCGAAGCCAACUGCUGGAACCCCGAUUGGUUCCAAAAAGACACCUAUUGUUGAAGCAACACAGCACAAAACACCGGUGCUUCUCACUCCUAAAGCAAAGACUCCAAAGAGUACGACUCCAAUUGCUGGACGAGUAAGGCAACGACUUACACCAGCUCGAAUUGCUCAUCAACAGAAACAGGAGACCGCCGGUAAAGAAGCUGCAACACCCAAAGCAACUAAAGGAAAGACUCCAUCUCGUCAAGGCAAGCAACAG